AUGACGCUCCCUCGAACACGACCUAGCCUCUCCAAGGAGAGGUUCCCUACCUACUUGGCGAACUUGAAGAGCCAGGCUUACCACGAUCCAAGCUCAAGUUCUCGGGGGCAUAGUCUGAGAUCCAUUGCAUGGAGCCCACUGGGCACGUUGGUCGCGACCGGGUCAUCAGACAAGACCUUACGAGUUUGGAACCCGGAGAAGCCUAACGUACGCUUCUCUACGGACUUGAAAGGCCACACGGCCCCUAUUGAAAAGGUCGCCUUCAACCCUGUCAAGGAUGCUGAACUAUGCAGUGUCAGCAAUGACGGUGUUGUCAAGUUCUGGGAUGUUCGGUCCAAGACUUGUGUCAACGAGAUCAAGGGCUUAGGUGACGCCUUCACCCUAGCUUGGGCACCGGAUGGCCAGUCUCUAGUCGUUGGCAACAAGAACGACAACAUCUACGUUCUGUCACCAACCCAGCCGACACCGUUGGCAUCUCACCAGCAACCAGGCCAGACGAACCAGGUUGCCUUUUGUUGGGGCGGCAAGAAGAUCUUCCUCACCACUGGGGAGGGGAAAACUCGCAUAUUGACAUAUCCGGACUUCCACCCCGCUUUCGAGUUCAAUUACGGUGGUGAGCCCAAAGAGUUCCAUCUGAACGGGCACACGUCUUCCUGUCUCUCAACUGAGAUGCAGCCAACUGGCCGCUAUCUUGCCAGUGGUGGUUCUGACUCCAUCAUAUCCCUUUGGGACACGGCAGACUGGAUUUGCCAGAGAACCAUUACUAGUAUGGUCGGCCCUGUGCGAUCUAUCAGUUUUACGUUCGAUGGCAACUUUCUGGUCGGCGGUAGUGACGAGGGCUCUGGGUUGGACAUUCGACACGUCGAGUCCGGCGAUCAAGUGUACACGCUAAAAACAGCUGGACCUUGUCCAGUGGUGGCUUGGGCGCCUACUCGAUACUGCCUUGCAUAUAGCGAUCUGGGUAUUCUUCGCAUCGUCGGCGUCGACGCCGAAAAGAAGUAA